AUGACGGUUCGAUUCAUGGUUGGUAACUUAUUGAAUUAUCGGCGGUUCCCGUCUACAAUCGUCCAUUACAGCAUCGCUGCCUGUCAGGACUUCGGAUCGACGAUUCACGCCGACAAGGUCAACAAGUUCCAAAUCAACUUGGUGAAGGCCUUCGACCAAGCCUCCGACAACAGCAUCAUCAUCGAAGGGAAUACAUCGAGAAGCAGGACGAUUAUGGCUACCUACAUCUCCCAGUACUUCAUUCAGCGCUACUCCCUUCCACCGGAACUCGAUUUCAACCAGAUCAACUCGUCGAUUUCGUCGCACGGCAUCUUGACGAUUUCGGCUCCGAAGAGGGCAGUUGCGGAUGCGGAAGGCCACAAGUCGAUUCCGAUCGUUCAGACAGGUCAACCGCUGAAGAGAAUCAGUGUCGAUCACGUAAAGAAGGAGAGCAUUGCCCACAAAUCUUAG